GGUUGGGAUCGGCAGGGUCGCUGUUCCCCAGCCUCUCCGGAACAAAGUCGGGGACGGGAGAGCGCCCGCACGCCCAUGGACGCUUGGGGGGUGCCCGCAUCCCGUUGGAGUCGCUGCCGCGGGGCUCGGCUACUGCUGUUGCUGCUCACCGUGCGCCUGGGGAGCGGAGCUGAUAAAGCAGAUGAUGAAGAUGACGAAGACUUAACUGUGAAUAAAACAUGGGUCCUAGCACCAAAGAUUCAUGGCGGGGAUGUGACUCAUAUACUGGACUCAUUACUUCAAGGAUAUGACAAUAAGCUUCGGCCAGAUAUUGGGGUGAGAACAACUGUAAUUGAAACAGAUGUCUAUGUUAACAGCAUUGGCCCAGUUGACCCAAUCAAUAUGGAAUACACCAUAGAUAUCAUAUUUGCCCAGACUUGGUAUGACAGUCGUCUGAAAUUUAACAGCUCAAUGAAAGUCCUUAUGCUUAAUAGCAAUAUGGUUGGAAAAAUUUGGAUUCCAGACACUUUCUUCCGGAACUCAAGGAAAUCUGAUGCCCACUGGAUUACAACUCCAAAUCGCUUACUUAGAAUCUGGAGUGAUGGAAGAGUAUUAUACACUCUAAGACUGACAAUUAAUGCUGAGUGUUAUCUUCAGCUUCACAACUUUCCUAUGGAUGAACACUCCUGUCCACUGGAAUUUUCAAGCUAUGGAUAUCCCAGAAAUGAAAUUGAAUACAAAUGGAAGAAAACCUCUGUUGAAGUGGCAGAUCCGAAAUACUGGAGAUUGUACCAAUUUGCAUUUGUAGGGCUGCGAAAUACAACUGAGAUUUCUCAUACCCUGUCUGGUGAUUAUAUUAUUAUGACAAUCUUCUUUGAUCUCAGCAGACGUAUGGGAUAUUUUACUAUCCAGACGUACAUUCCUUGUAUACUCACAGUUGUUCUUUCAUGGGUGUCAUUUUGGAUCAACAAGGAUGCAGUUCCUGCAAGGACAUCUCUGGGUAUUACAACGGUGCUGACCAUGACAACAUUGAGCACAAUUGCCAGGAAGUCACUUCCAAAAGUCUCCUAUGUGACAGCAAUGGAUCUUUUUGUCUCUGUUUGUUUCAUUUUUGUGUUUGCUGCCUUGAUGGAAUAUGGCACCUUGCAUUACUUUACUAGCAACAGAAAAGUGGACAAAGGAAAAGAUAAGAAGGCAAAACCUAAGCCAUCAAAACCAUCUGCAAUUGCUGUUCGACCUGGAUCAACACUAAUUUCAAUUAAUAACAUUAAUCAUCUCCCUGAACGUGAUGAUGAUUAUGGAUAUGAGUGCCUAGAAGGGAAAGACUGCGCUAGCUUCUUUUGUUGUUUUGAAGACUGCCGCACAGGAUCUUGGAGAGAAGGAAGAAUACACAUUCGUAUUGCAAAAAUUGACUCCUAUUCUCGAAUCUUCUUUCCAACUGCCUUUGCACUGUUUAAUCUCGUUUAUUGGAUUGGGUAUCUUUAUCUAUAAAUUUUACUGGCUAGACAAACUCAGAAAAAAACUGAAUAGACAUUAAUGUUUUUCAGAGAAUGGUCAAAGUUUAGAUCUGAUCCAAAAUUACUAAAAUUAGAUAUUUUUAAAAUUCGAAACAAGAUGUUGAUAUAGUCUCCCUCGUGUGAUCAACAAUAGAAAUGAUAUCAGUAUUUUGACAAGAAAAUUGAAAAAUUAACUCUUAAAAUUUAACUUAUCUGUACACACAACUGUUUUUGUCUGGGUCUAACAAAAUACACAGAUGAGAAACUAAGUCGUUGAACUGGACAGUUCUACAUAAUCUUUAAAUUUUAAUUCUAAACGACAAUAGUGAUUAAUUUUGUAGCAUCUCUUACAGAUUAGCAAAGAAAGCCUUAAUAAAAUGGGAUUAGUUAUUCUCAUCCAUUUCAUCUAUAAGAUGAUAAUUUUUAUUAAUUCUUGAUUUUUAAAUAGCUGAUAAAAGUUAAAGCACUUCUAUUUCUCAACUAGCCAUUUACUCUCUGCAGUAUGUUAAAAAGAAUGAUAUCAUAGUUAAUCUCAUUCAUAUUUACACAAAGUGCAGAGAUGAGAGCAACAAAUGGUUUUAUCACCAAAAAGCCUACAGAGAUAAUUCUGAGCUUGUCUUAUCCUGACUACUGAUGUAGGCUUUUGGUUUUCAGCCUUUGAUUACAUUUAUGUCUAUGCUCCAUCUGCUGUUAUAUCACUGUGGUGUGUUCCUCAAAGUUCUCCAAGAGGGCUACAACUUUAAAAAUUCCUACCUAUUUGCCAUUGCUCUAAUUUCAUGGAAGCCAAAUGUUGCAUAAUUGAUUAUGGCCAUUCUGAUAAUCUUUUCACAUCCUCUCCAUUUCCCUCUCCAUGUCUAAUUCAUACUCAGGGGCAGAGAAGGAAUUAUGCUCAACAGACUUUGUGUCAUCAGAAUUAGGAAGAAUUCUUGACAGUGCUAUAGUGUUUGUGUUAAAAAUCAGUGUGCUAAAUCUCCAUCCCUAAGAGUAAAAUAUGUGACCUGGUAUGCUUUGCAUACAAUACAGUUUUGUAUGUUCUGCUUGUUACUGCUUAUGUUACUCACUGAACCAAGUCAAGUCAGAUUUACUGAUACUGUGUUCUGGAUUGCUGUAUAAUUACCUCCUUGAUAUAUACAAUUCCAUCAGGGAAAAAAAAAAGUAUAUUUCUAAAGGAAAAGCCCUUUUACAGGGACAAUGUAAUAAUUCUUAUGCAUUGCAGAUCUUCCUCCAUGAUGGGAUAUAUCCCCUCAAAAACAUAGAAUUGUUUCUCCAGUCUGUGAUGAGAGUUUCUGUUUGCUUCGAUAGGAAUAUUUUGGUAGCAGUAGUCUUUCUGGAUUGACUUCUCUGUGUUGACUAUUGCUGGCUUGCAGCACUUAGAAUCUCAUUUCUAUUUUUGUGGAAAAAUGUGAUCUUUCCUCCUUUCUCAGAAAGAAAUCAGUCUCAAGUGAGCUUGCAAAUAUCCCUGUAAAAUUAAGAUAUGCAUUAACUAAAAGUCAGAAUUACACAGAAGACCUUACAGAUCUUUAAAGAGGAUUAAUGGGAUUAAAAUUUGGCUGUAGAUGAAGAUGUUUGGUAUUGGAGAUAAAUAUAUGAUUAAUGGUUAAUUAUAGAAAAUGAAACGUAGAAGUACACCCUCCCCACAUACACUCAUGCACACAAAUUAUUUCUGUUAAAUGUGCUCCCUCCUGAUUUUUUUUGAAGAAGAACUAGAGUAUUAUCAUAUACUAGUUGACACAAACAUAAAGAGAUAUGACAAAUGUGAAAUGUUGCUGCAGUGUUCAGUUCCAAAGUUUAAUAUAGAAUGCAAGAUUAUCUGCAGUGAUUCUGGAAGCAAGUGUUACUGAGAAGAUCCCAUUUUAAUGCAAGCUUUAUUUCAUUAUUUAGCCAACAAAAUAUGAAAGUGGUUGAGAGAGUCUGAAUGUCUGCUGUUGAAUUUGGCAGAUGUCAUUUGUUGUAUGACCUUUCUGAGCAGCAACUUCUGACUGUUAGGCUGAGGGUAGAAGUGCAGAAACACUAACAAUGCUGAUGCAAUAACUUAUUGUUUCCUUAUUGUCUCAUUCGCAGAAAAUGUUCAGUACAGUGGAAAUAUGCCAGUGCAUAUAAUAGUGCAAUGUGAUGCUUUUUGUCAGCACACUAAACACGUUCCUCUGUAGUAAAGAUGAAGGUGGCUUCAGUAGCAGUAUGUUGAAUGUGUACUUGAAAGGCAAUCUACUUGCUACACAAUACAGGAUCCAAUUUUUUUGAGCUCCUGACUUUCAUUAAUUCACCUUUAAACAAAGGGAAUUUGAAAGAGCUUGGCACUUUACAAGGGAAAUACAAAUUUCACAGCACAUCCAGUUAGUUCUUUCUAUUCAUCUGGUUGUCAGUUGCCAAUCAGCCUCCAAUGAUUUAACUGGAAAGCAGAAAACAUCCCGAAUUGGCAAGGGAUGGAUAAGAAGUCUUUCAUCACUAAUUUCUAUGAAACAAUGUAAUAGAGUAUUAAAGCUAUUGAAUGUUAUGGCUGUUUAGUUUAGAGAUACACUUGCUUCUGUCUGUUGAUAAACUUUUCUUUGUAUUUCAUUUGUUUCUGAUGAUAUCAUUUCAGUUUCCCAUAGUAUUGUGAGUGCAAAUUGAAAUGGGAAUGCAGUGAACUGUAACUUGGCAUGUAAUAAAUGUGCUGAUUUAGUCCUAUGUGUUUUCUUUGUAGUCUGCAUGCAAACACUUAAUUCCAAGAAAUCAAAGUGAUUUAAAAAAAAAAAAAAAAGCAAGAAACAGAGACUGUGGUUACUUGGGCUUGGAUGCUGUGACCAUUUUUCAAACCUACUUGAAUAAAAUUUCAUUUACUGAUAACUGGGGUUACAAUAUUUGGGUCAUGUUAUUCUGACCACUACUGUUUUAAGGACGUUCUUAAACCUAUUCCUAAUCAAUAUUGUAAUACAGCUAGAAUUCAGAAACGCAUGUGCUUAUGUACUGUCAUAGAGAAUGAUGUUAUCCUGAAUUGUUGCCACUAAUGCAUGCUUAAUUUACAUUAAUUUCAGUAAUGGGUGUUCAGUAGCUCAAAUGAUUGAGUAUCAAGGAUGGGAACCAGAGCCUCGUCACUAGAAUAUUUUCUCAUUGAAAGAAAAGGACAUAGAGGAGAAAUUGCCAGAAAGAUAUACAGGGGAGAAACAAGUCUGGAGAAAUUAUUUUAUACUGCAAAAACUUCCAGCAUCCCCUGAAAUGUAGUCUUAAAAAAAAAAAAAAAAAAAAGUUGCUUCCUAGAUAUUUCUAUGUUUAUGUUCCCCACUUGUCUGUUUUAGUAGUGAGUACAGCUAAGUGUAUUAUUUUUUGUAAGUUUUUUUCUAUGAUUGUUCUCACUGAUCUUCAGUGCAUGUCUUAUGUGUCUGAGUGCAUCUGCUUAAUGUACUAACAGUGGCAGUGCAACCAAAGCAUGAGCUCUGGGUAGCAUAUUUUAUAUUCACACACUGAUGUGCUUCAAAGGCUUUAACCUUAUCCAGUUUUCUGGCAUUCAGAUACACAGGUGUGUGUAAGACUUUGAAGGAGAAUCGCCUCCAACAGAGUUCUUAUAACUUCGUGAUUUAUUUAAUAUGCUACUAAAAGAUUUGUUUAAAAUUGGUGUCUGAACUCUGCAAUCUGAAAGCGCUCUUGGCCUUUCAAUUGAAAGCCCAACAGGAGUCUGGAUUUCAAUAUUUAUCUGCAUCAUGUAAGAUACAUUUUAUUUAAUUGUAUCAGUCAUCAUUUCUGUUUACUGUUUCAGCAUAACAGAGGAUUAAUGCAAAUACAUCCAAUUUACAUUUAAAAAAAUCAUUUUUAUAAUUUUGUUUUAAAUUCAUUGCAGUUCUUCUCAGUUAUAUUAAAAGCGUUCAUCAUUUCAUUUUUUCUUAAGUAUAAUUGUAUUUUGUAGUGACUACAGUAGAGAAAAUAGUAACCAAAAUAGAAUUCCUCAGCAAGACUACAGCUUAUUAGAAUCUGGAACCAGGAAUUAGAAAAAACAACUGUGCUUUUAUUUCUGAAGAAACUCAGUGAAAGUCCACGUGGCCCUCUGAACAUGCCACAGGGAAGACUGUCUCACUGAGAGAGACCAAAUUUUAGGGAGGGUGUAGAAAAGACCUAUCCGUUUGGUCAGAGCAGAGGCUAGUUUCCCAAGUGGCUUAAAUCAAGAAAUGAUCAACCUGUUCUUCUUCAGUGGUCUCUUCUGUUUCACUUGUGCCAGCAAGAGCAGUUGUUGAGCCAUGCUGUUAGAUGAUCCAAAUUUGAAAAAAUAUGUUUUAUUGUACUUUUCCCUAAGUUAAUAUUUCAGUCAGAUGGAUGAGUCAUCUGAUUGCUGAUACACUUGAUCAUUUGCUCUCCUCCAAGACAUGUAGUGGGAGCUUGUAGCUGGAGGCAGAAAGGAUGACUUCUUGUGAUAGAUGUAUUUCAUUCAGUUGAGAACUACUGUGGAGAUGGUGGGGAAAAAAAAAUUGGGAGGGAGGUAAUACCAGAAUCCAGUUCUAUGGAUCUGACUAGGAAAGUUAUCCUGCCCCUGUACUUGCCACUGCUGAGACCUCAUCUCAAGUACUGUAUUCAGUUUUGGGCACCUCUACAGAAAGGACAUUGAGGUGCCUGAGCAGGUCCAAACAAGGGCAACAAGGCUUGUGAAGGGCUUGGAGAAUAUGCCCUAAAAGGAGCAACUGAAGGAACUGGGGCUGUUUAGUCUGGGGAAAAAGAGACUGAGGGGAGACCUUAUUGCUCUCUUCUAAUAUCUGAAAGGUGUUUACAGCAAGAGCAGGGUCUUUUCUCACUGGUGACAGGUGACAGGACAUGAGGAAAUGGCCUUAAGUUGUGCCAGAGUAAGUUUAGGUUGGCUAUCAGGAAGCAGUUCUUUACAGAAAGGGUUGUUAAGCACCGGAACAGGCUCCCCAGGGAGGUGGUUCAGUCACCAUCCCUGGCUGUGUUUAAAAACCGUUUGGAUGUGGUGCUCAGGGACAUGAUUUAGCAGAGGGUUCUUAGAGUAUUAUGGUUAGAUUGUGGUUGGACUCUAUGAUCUUUAAGGUCUUUUCCAACCUGAGAAAUUCUAUGAUUCUACGAUUCUAUGAAUGACUUAUAUUUGGUUAAUCUAUUUCUCAGUGGUAUUUGUGACUGCUCAAGAUUUUCCUGCUACAUAAUUAUUGUACUAUAAAAAGCCAGAUGAGGUUUAACAAAAGCAGGUAUAGAGUCUUGCAUCUAGGGAGAAAUAAUUGCAAACACUGGUGCAGGUUGGGGGAUGACCUGCUGGAGAGGAGCUCUGCUGGAGAGGGAUCGGAGUCUCCUGGUUGAUGACAGGUUGGCCAUGAGCCAGCAGUGUGCCCUUGUGGACAAAAAGGCCAAUGGCAUUCUGGUGUGCAUUAAAAAGAGCGUGGCCAGCAGGUCGAGGUAGGUGAUCUUCCCCCUCUACUCUGCCCUGGUAAGGCCUCAUCUGGAGUACUGUGUCCAGUUUUGGGCUCCCUAGUACAAAAAAGACAGGGAUCUCUUGGAAAGAGUCCAGCGGAGGGCCACGAAGAUGGCAUUCUGGUUUGGAUCUGGUAUGAUAGUGAAAAUUUAGAGCUAUUGGAGUUAGGCAGCUAGCUAAAACUGUAACAGACUGGAAGAUCUAUGCCUUUUGUCUAUGGACAGUUGUUGCCCACUAGAAAAUGUACUACUUUUUUUUUUUUUUUUUUCCCCUACAAGAUUAUAGAUUAUUCCCUUAAGAUUAUAUUUUAAGGAAGAAACAAAAUUUAUGUAAAAUUGCCAUACAAUCUCAUUUUUCUUUCCUAAAUCUUGCUUUACCUGCUGAUUUUGCUUAUGGUAGGUCAACGUAAUUUGGUCUGUGUGAGAAAGACAAAAAGGAUGUAAGACCAAGAAACUAUUAUGCAUAGUUCUUUCCCUCCAUCCCAUUUCUUAGUCAAGGAGAGAAUAUCAGAAGAGUAGAAAGCAUAGAGCACGUAUAAAUGAGGACAAGCUUGCCACUGACAACAGGUCUUGAGUUCCUCUCACUGAUAUGAUCAUGAGAGACAGGCGUCUGCUCACAGUAGUAAGGCCUCUCUUUUAUAAUUCUUUGUUGUAGCUGCUUUUCUGUACAUCUAUGUAUGUCUACCUGAAACUUAAAGAUUAUCCAGGCUGGAAGUAAUUCUUUUGUAUUUCUGGUUUCACAGAAUGAUCUUUAUCAUCUUGGUUUAAGUCUUGCUGAAUUCAAAGGAAAGAUUUCCUCUUCAAGUUUCCCUGACCAGGAACUAAAACUGUGAGAGGUAUAGACAGCAAAUAUUGGAAAAGUUUUCUAUGGACACAGCUAAGGAUGCAGACUGUCUCUCUACAGUGGCAUUAAGAGUAAUUUGUCAUUAGUCACUUUAAAAUGUUAGUACUGCUAGAAGAAAUGACCAAUGCUGUCCCAUGGAGAAUUACUUUUGUCAACUCAAUAUUUAGACACCAAAACCCAAACUGAUUACCAUGGGUGGAAGGUGAGUCAGUUUCACUUCAGAAACCUAUUUCCCCUUGAAUUGUUUUUUCUCCUGACAAAGACAGGAAAUAGGAACAUUUUGGACCUGUGAUGUCUGCAGAAAGCAAGUCUGAGUUAUUUUAAAUAGAAACAGUCAUGUUUUUCCAUUUCCCCAGUGAACAAGAGCAACAAAGGGACCUGCAUGAUGGCUCCAUUUUUCCAACACAGGUAAAUGUGGACAUCUAUAUAUUCAUAGACCCAGCAUAAAUAUACAACUAUUUAUAUUUUUAUUAUCUAUGAAAUCUUCAUGAUUUGAUGAAAGCAUUUUUUGUUUUUCCAGCUGUUUCCCACCAUGAACUUUCAUGGACAUCAAUGAUUGCAUUCUGAUACCUUUAUUUACAAUUUAUUUACAAUUACAAUUUACAAUUUAUUUACAAUAGAAUGUAAAUUUUCCUUUAAAUGAAACUGAGGGCCCAGAAUCCAAUAAUUCUAUGGUGAUGCCUGUCUUGAAAAAAUACACUGCCUUUUUAUAAUCUUAAGUUCUAAUUAAUUAAAUAAUAAUACUAUAAUAAUAUUCCUAUAUAGUGAAAUUUUACAGGCAGGUGUUUUUUGUUGUUGUUGUUUUUUUUUUUUUACAGUUUAUGUUACAGUGUUUGGUCUAAAGACUAAGUUUACAGAAAUACCAUUCCAAAAUAACACAUUAAGUUACUGUAUUGUGAGUCUAUUAUACUGAAGUUUCUUUAUUCUUUCUGACUUAAAUGCACAUACACUCUUACUGCAGUUUCCUAUCCCAACAUCUAUAGUCCACAUUAUGUUUCACUGAUUCACUGUUUGUCCCUUACUAAUGCUUCCUUAAAUUGUUUUUAAAAAAUCUAGAAUUUUUAAUAGCUUAAUUGAACAUUCAAACCAUGUGUUUAAUUUGACAGCAUCUUAGAACUAGUGGACAAUGUUGCAAUAUUGUGAAUCAACGUUCCUUGUAAAAUUACAUAGGAAAACCCUUGUAACUUACUGAACAAAAAUAAAUGUUGAGAUAAAUCGUGUAACUUUCAGCAGUUCUUCUGUGGAGUAUACAUGAAACACAUUGUAUUGAUUAAGAUUUAUUCUCAAUUUUCCUUUCAGAAGCCUCCUCAGUUGGGCUAAUAUUUUAAGCGUGCUGAUAUUUACAGUUCUACUCAGUUAUUUGGUACCUCUCCAAAAACCUUGGUAUGCAAUCAUUCAUUAUUAUAUUAAAUUACCCAGAAUCAUCAAGGUAUCCUCACAGGCUUUUAAUGUAAUUAAGCCAUGACAUCUUCAGUCCCUCCUAAAGUACCAUCGUGUUUUGUGUGCAAUGCCAAAACUAAAGCAAUUCCAGGUAUUAAACUGUACGUUAUUUGUUUCUCCACUUUGAUAAAGUCUGUCUGCCAGGUUAGUACAAAAUACUGGUAUCAUCAUUUUAAUAUUUGACAGCAUUAUUAAUGAGCAUAAGUCAACCAGAAAUCUUCAGAGAUAACAAACUGAUGAUGCUCUUGUAUAGAUCAGAUGUGACUUUGGGAGCAUAGUAGAAAUGAUUUUGGCAGUGGCAAAGACAUUUCCAUAUGCAGACUAAAGAACAAGAUCUAAAAAAAGCCUCAACUGUAAUUUUAUGAAGCUUUUUUACUCAUGCAAUAAAAAGGGUCCUUUUUUUUUUUAAGUAAUUAUGGCUUUAUUUGAUUUAUUUGAUAGAUUUUGUGGAUUUGUUUCAUUUUUACUAAAAACAGUGGAGAACAUAAUUAGUCUGAUUAUAGAUAAGCAUUACUGAAGGUAAACGUGAAAAUUCCCUCUGUGGUGUAAAUUUGAGGAAAGAAUUUCCUCAAUACUGAGGAAGCUGCUGUGAUUGCAUUCACAGGGUAGAUGGAUUCUUCUCUGUCAGAAUUCUAUUGCUACCAAAACAAAAGAUUGAAUAAAGUUUUUUAACUUUCUAGUAUGCUCUUUGUUUUUGGAUGCCUUAUUUUCCAAUAUGCAGUUUAAGAUCUGACUUUUGGAGAGUAUUUAUCCCUUUCUAUUUUAUUUUGUUUAAAGUACUCCAAAAGCAAGGGACUCAUAUGAAGCAGGUAUCACUGAGUGUUUUAAAUAAAUACUAUAUUUAGAUUUCCGUAGUAUGUUACAAAAUGUUCAAGUAUAGCUCUUGUAUUUUGUUCUAUCUUGAGCGUUGUAUUAUUUUAUUUUAUUUUGUUUUAUUAUUUUAUUUUAUUUUAUUUUAUUUUAUUUCAUUUUCUUUUAUGAGGUCUGUGGAGAGAUGAAAGCAAAUGGAGGCAUUUCAUCAUGUUUUUUUGACAAUGGUAUACCUCAUACAAAAUAAUACAUCUGUUGCUGAAAGCUGAUUUGACUCCUUUGACACUGAUGGCGGGAGUAAUACUAACAAGCUCAGAAAGGACGUACUUGUGGUCUUCAUUAUCAGAAGGUUCUCAGAUGCUCUAGGCUUUGAAAACAGAAGUUCUGUAGUAAGGUUAUGGGGAAAAAAAUGGUUUAGAAGAUGUUCUAGGAAAAAAAAUCUCAGAAGCCUCUUGCCAAGAAAAGACUAAUGUUAAUUUGAACAAUAGGUUUUGUAGCUCAUGACUGCACAGUGAUUGUUAAUGUCUACUAAAUCUUCAUGUAAAUGUUGCACUUGUCCUUGUGUGUUGAAAGGAAAUGUGCUUGCACUCUGGUAUAUGGUUCAUACAGGUGUCUCUGAGUCAUGGCUUGCAAUCUUUUUAAUGUAGAACUCUGAAAGCUACAGUCUUAAAAAUAAGAGAAACAAACAAACAAACCAACAAACCUCCACUGAAAACCAUGUGUUUUGCGCAAAAUAAACACAUUUAGUUAGAUGUUUGUGCUCUGAUGUCUCCUAAA